UCUAUAUAAUUCCCUUUCUGUUGCUCUCUCACUUCACUUCAAGGUUUUAGUAAUCAAACCAAUUAACAACCAUUACUCAGCUUAAUUAAUUAAGCUUGUUCGCUACAUGAUCCAAUCCCUUUGAUUUCGUAGAAUACAGACAGAUUCAGAUCAGCAAAUUAAAUGGAUUCAACAUGCGUUGAUACUUCACUCAACCUCAAUCUUUCUCCUUCUCCAACUCAUAUGAACCCUACUGUGGCAGAAGUAGUUUUGGUUGAAGAGCUACAUCGUUUGAGUUGUGAGAACAAGAGGCUUACGGAAACGUUGACUCACAUGUGCGUUAGCUAUGAAGCUUUGCAGAAGCAUUUGAACAAAUUGAUGAACACAUCAUCUGAUUGUUAUAAUCAUCAUCAAUCGAGGAAGAGAAAAGCUGAAAGCUAUGAAAAUUGUAACGAUGAGGAGGAGUCAUUAUUACUCAUUAAAAGGCCUAAUAACAUUGUUCAUCAUAAUAAUAAUAAUAAGGUUUCCAAGGUUCUUGUGAAGACAGAUGCAUCUGAUUCUAGCUUGUAUGUGAUGGAUGGAUAUCAAUGGAGGAAAUAUGGUCAAAAGGUGACUAGAGACAACCCUUCUCCAAGAGCGUACUUUCGUUGCUCCUUCGCCCCAAGUUGUCCAGUGAAAAAGAAGGUGCAAAGAAGUGUUGAAGACCCAACAAUACUUGUAGCAACAUAUGAAGGAGAGCACAACCAUGGGCGUAGCCAAACUGAAAUAUCACUUGUCUCAUCCCAAAGCCAUUCAAGUGAAACACUAAUCCCUUUAGUUUCUUCACCAUCAUCACGCAUUACGUCAUCUCCAACUACUCUUGACUUGGUCAAAAAUUCAAUAAGUUCCGUUGACAUUAAUCACAAUGCUCAAAACAAGUCUUCUUCUUUUUCUUAUAUCCAUAAGUUUUUGGUUCAAGAAAUGGCCACUUCCUUGACAAGUGAUCCUAACUUCACGGCAGUACUUGCCACUGCAAUUUCAGGAAAAAUUCUAGAACACACUUCUCUGGAAAAAUUGUGAUUAUAUCCGUUUUUAUAUUUUGUUUUUCUUUAUUUAGAAUUUUAGGGUAAAUUAAAGGCCAAAUUGAAUUUGGAUUAUUUCAAAUUAGUAAUUAAUGCUAGUUAUUAUAUAAUAUAUAAACACAUACAUAAAAUGAGCAUAUAGGAGUAGAGACUUAUAUAGGGAAGAAAAAAAAACACUUUUUUAUAUAUGGGGUAAUGAGUCUAGGUAAAGAUUCUGCACCUUUUUCUUUUAGAUGGCAUCAUGUCUACUCUUUUGUUAAUUUUGUAAGUGUAAAUUAUAUAUAUAAUAUGAAAAAGUAAAUAUUUUGGAAUUUUUGCUUA